CCCUUUUUCCAUAGUCCUCCGUGAAUUUCUUCUUCUUCGUCUUCCUCUUCGUCUUAGUUGCCGCACUGCAUCUGCCAAUGGAUUCUGCGCUGCUAAUUCCGAUUGCUUCAGUGAUUCUCGGUGCCAUAAUCGCCGCUGUCUUCUUCAGAAGCUACUUUUGCAAGCGAAGAUCGGAAGUCCAAACCAUUUCCCAUCCAGAGCUUCCAUCGGAUCCAAAGAAGCACCAAAAGCCGUCUCAGACUAAGAAGUCUCACUUCAAACCUCACUCUCACUCCUCUGAUAAGGAUCAAAACAAGAAACAUCACCCGUUGGACUUGAAUACGUUGAAAGGUCAUGGAGAUUAUGUGACUGGAUUAUGCUUCUCCUCAGACGGAAGUAGUUUGGCGACUGCCUGUGGUGAUGGAGUGAUCAGGGUAUUUAAGCUGGAUGAUGCAUCAAGUAAAAGCUUCAAGUUUUUGCGAAUUAAUUUGCCUGCUGGAGGUCAUCCAACUGCUGUCGCAUUUGGUGACAAUGCAACCUCUAUCAUUGUAUCCUCUCAAGGUCUGUCUGGUUCUUCUUUGUACAUGUAUGGAGAAGAGAAACCCAAAGCUUCAGAUGAAACUAAACAGCAAACUAAGCUCCCUCUUCCUGAAAUCAAGUGGGAAAAUCACAAGGUGCACGAUAAAAAAUCUGUUCUGACCUUAGUAGGUGCAACUGCUAGUUAUGGUAGUGCUGAUGGGAGUACAAUUGUGGCUUCUUGUUCAGAAGGGACUGAUAUCAGACUCUGGCAUGCAAAAACGGGAAAGCUGCUGGGUGAUGUUGACACUAAUCAAUUGAAAAAUACCAUGGCUACUUUGUCACCAAAUGGGCGUUUUAUUGCGGCAGCUGCUUUUACUGCAGAUGUGAAGGUAUGGGAGGUUGUUUACUCAAAAGAUGGUUCAGUUAAGGAGGUUUUGAGGGUUAUGCAGCUGAAAGGACACAAGAGUGCAGUGACUUGGUUAUGUUUUACCCCAAACUCAGAGCAGAUCAUCACUGCAUCAAAGGAUGGUUCAAUGAGAAUUUGGAAUAUUAAUGUGCGAUAUCAUCUCGAUGAGGAUCCAAAAACUCUCAAGGUGUUUCCAAUUCCAUUACAUGAUUCAAAUGGUGCUACAUUGCAUUAUGAUCGUCUCAAUAUAUCCCCUGAUGGGAAGAUACUAGCAACAACGCAUGGUUCCACACUGCAGUGGCUAUGUGUUGAGACUGGAAAGGUGUUGGACACUGCUGAGAGAGCUCAUGAUGGUGACAUCACAUGGAUAUCGUGGGCACCUAAGCCUAUUCCAUCAGGAGAUAAAAAUGUAUUGGUUUUGGCUACUGCGAGCGUGGACAAGAAAGUAAAACUAUGGGCUGCACCCUCGCUGAGUUGAAGCACGAAAUGGAUUUGUUGGCUAAGAUAAAAAACUAACUUCGGCUACGAGCCUCCUGAUUUGGUAUGUCGAGUGGUUUUGUUGAAAAAGGGUUUUGUCUAAAUUCCAUACCGGAAGUCAACAAUUUCAACACCUGCCGCCGAAUCUAACAGGUAAGAUUACUGGAUCUCUUUGUCUUAACAAUAGAGCGUUUUGGUAACAUUAUCGCUUUCAAACGUGAGAAGCUUUUUGAAACUAAAACUUUUUGGAUGCAUAAAAAGUGAGGAAAUUAAUAGGGGUUUUAGAUUUCAAAUUAUUACUAGUUAAAAGAGAUAUUUGUUUGUUUACGGACGUUUGCGUUAAGGUACGGUUGAUUUGAACAACUUUAAAAAGAUUUGGUUGUCUUUUGUUUUUUUGUUUGUUUUUUAUUCUGUGUUUUAUGCUGGAACUAAGUGAUUUAGGGUUUAGGGUUUAUGAAUUUUGCCACGUCUCAUACCAACAUUACUUUGUUGUCUGUGUAAAAAUUAAUGAUGCCUAUGAACUUUGGUCGUGCUAUUUAAGUGUGCAUUAAUCAGGUUAAGUUGGAGCAAAUUUGUGGACCUAAUUUAAUUAUUUUAGAACCUAGUUGAGGUACAUUUGGUCUAAUUCAUCAAUGAAAUGUUUGUGUUUGUGUUUGGUUAAAUAUUAGUUAUUAGAUCCAUUAAUGAUUUCUUCGAUGUAUUAUAUUUAGUUUCGUUAUUCACGUUAAUUUCUGUGAUGUCAUGUACAAUUUAGAACAUUAGACCCUUUGUGUUAGAUUUUUUUAUUACCUUCA